UGACGGAGGUUGCGUGUACAGGACUGUCUACUAUCCGGUCGAGAUCUGCAUCUCGCCGUUAGCCUUACAACCCCUGUCACCUUUUAUCGGCUCCUUCCGUCAUUCCACCUCCUGGCUCAACGCCUCACUCACCAUCCAACAUUCUCAAACAACCACUCCCCAACUCGCACCACCACCACUCCGCUCCCCCUUCGCUCUGCUCCGUCGCGCGCGUGCCCUUCUCACUGAAUACCCUCGUUCCUGUCGCACACACUUCAUCAUGCUGUCUCUCUCGGUCGCGACGAUGCUGCUCAGCGCCAGCGCUGGCUUCGUGGCUGCACAGACCACGGCAGACUCGGUCCCGGUCACUGAUCUAGUCGGCACCUGGUCUACUAAGAGCAAUUCUACGCUUACGGGUCCGGGAUUCUAUGACCCUCAGAAAGACAGUUUCAUCGAGCCGAAGCAUACCGGAAUAUCCUACUCUUUCACUGCCGACGGCUUCUUUGAGGAAGCAUACUAUCGUGCUGUCGCAAAUCCAUCGAAUCCCAAAUGCCCAAAGGGCAUAAUACAAUGGCAGCAUGGCAAAUUUAAGAAGCUGGCCAACGGAACUCUGGAGUUGACACCUAUCGAGAUUGAUGGUCGACAAUUGUACUCGGACCCUUGCGCUUAUAAGAACUCGGUGUAUACCCGAUACAAGGCCAAGGAGAAGUUCCUGCACUACGAGGUUAUCAAAGACCCGUACCACCAGAUAUCGCGCCUCAAUCUUUUCAAGUGGGAUGGUGCUCCGAUGCAGCCGCUCUACCUUGCCAUGUCACCGCCAACGAUGUUGCCCACUACCACUCUGCACCAGACGAGCACCCCAACCCCUACCAAUAGCAAGAACAAGCGCUCUGAAUUCCCAUUCUCUCCUAGUGCGCUUAGUAAACGAUCUCCACAGCAGCUGCAGGCAGAUCGCUGGUGGUGGUUUGGUGUGGUUCUUACUGCGACCGGUGGGACCUUGUAUUUCUUUUUCUAG